AAGAGAAGAAAGGCAGCACAAGAUAUCGUUAGUUACCUUCCAAUUUUAAACCAAGAGAGGGGAAAAUCAGAGAGAGGAGGAAAAACCCUAGCAAAUCCCACAUUUCAAAAUCACCAGCACCGACGAAUUCCCUCUCUCCCAUCAGAGAUUCCUCUCCAGAAAUCCACCCAACCGAUUUCAAACGGCAGCCGUUCAAUUCGUCGCUCCAAUUCGAUGGCGAAGCCCGACACGAGCCCCGUGCUGUCGCCGACGUCGUCGCGGUCGGUGACGCAGACGGUGAACGGGUCGCACCGGUUCGUGAUCCAAGGCUACUCGCUCGCGAAAGGGAUGGGCGUCGGGAAGCACAUUGCCAGCGACAAUUUCACGGUCGGAGGGUACCAGUGGGCCAUCUAUUUCUACCCCGACGGCAAGAAUCCGGAGGACAAUUCCGCUUACGUCUCGGUGUUCAUCGCCUUGGCCAGUGAAGGGACCGACGUGAGGGCUCUGUUCGAGUUGACGCUGGUUGACCAGAGCGGGAAAGGGAAGCACAAGGUUCACAGCCAUUUCGAUCGGUCCCUCGAGAGCGGCCCGUACACGCUCAAGUAUCGCGGCAGCAUGUGGGGAUACAAGAGAUUUUUCAGACGCGCUAUGCUUGAGACAUCCGAUUAUUUGAAGAAUGAUUGCUUAAAAAUCAACUGUACUGUGGGAGUGGUGGUGUCUGCUGUAGAUUGUUCCCGGUUACACUCUAUCCAGGUUCCAGAGUCUGAUAUAGGAGCACAUUUUGGCACGCUUCUCGAGACUAUGGAAGGUUCAGAUGUUACUUUUAAUGUGGCAGGGGAAAAGUUCGAAGCUCACAAAUUAGUAUUGGCCGCUAGAUCUCCUAUCUUCCGCUCCAAAUUCUUUGACUGUGCGGAAGAUAGUGAAGAGAUAGUCAUUACUGACCUAGAGCCCGAUGUAUUCAAGGCCAUCUUGCACUUCAUUUACCGCGACACGCUUACUGAAGAUGUGGGUAAUACUGCAUCAAGCUCGUCUAGUCUAUGUUCUAUAUCAGAAUCUUUGACAGCAAAGUUAUUAGCAGCAGCAGAUAGGUAUGGGCUGGAUCGGCUCAGAUUGAUGUGUGAGUCUCAUCUAUGCAAGGAUAUAUCAGUCGCCUCAGUUGCUAGGAUUUUAGCCUUGGCGGACAGCUACCACGCUACAGAGUUAAAGGCUGUUUGCUUAAAAUUUGCUGCUGAAAACCUUGCAGCCGUGAUGCGUUCUGAUGGGUUCGAAUACCUCAAAGAGAACUGCCCGACGCUGCAGUCAGAGCUGCUGAAGACGGUGGCGGGAUGCGAGGAUGAUUGCAGCAGCGGAGGUGGGAAGUCACGUAGCGUCUGGGGCCAACUUUCAGACGGUGGCGAGACCACCACCAACGAAAGGAGGUUCUUCCCUUUUCAGAAAUCUACAAAAGAGAUAGCUUUGCUGUCGCUGGUCAGCAAAAGUGCAAAACCCAAGACCUGCAAGAAAAACCCUACAGGCCGACACUGUUCCCUCACCGAUCCGCCGCCAAAGCCGCACCCAUCAAUCAAUCGAUCAAUCUCCCGACGGAAUAUGCUCUGGUGCAGCUAUUGUCUCAGACUCUGCUCAACAAUGCGCCAAGGCGAUUUCAUAUCUUGCUCCGCCUGCGGGAAGGUUCUGGCCGAUCGGACCACCUCCGCCGGCGCCAAUCAGAAAAUGGCGGUCGUCAAGUCUGGAUUUGUGGGAUCGAAGAGGGUCUGCAAUGACGCCGCCGCCGUCGGUGACACUGACACCGACGGCUCCGAAUCCGAUGGCGACAGCGGGCAAUCGUCAUCCUGAUGACGAUUGGGGAUCAGUUUCCCGAUCGUCCCAAUUUUGAGAGUGAGAGCUAAUAAGGAGCAGAGAGAGGCGAAUCAAUGGUUGCGGCAAUUUUUGAUGAAUUGAGGACGAAGAAUUUCGAUUUUGUUUUGGUUUUCUUCCUCGUUGAAUUUUCCCUUUGGUAAUUAAAUCUUCUCGUCGUGGGUGUUUUAAGUUUUAACGUCGGGGUGACAACAAUUUACCAGGAAAUGUGAUCGCCAUUUAUAUGACAGAGUAAGUAGUAAUUAAGGGUUUCAGCUCGUAAUUAAGAGAUGAGGAAGAUGGGUUUGAAC